UUUUGGAUAGACUACGGCAGGGGUGUCAAACUAGCAGCCCUUCAGCAGUUGCGAAACUACAAGUCCCAUCAUGCCUCUGCCUUUGGGAGUCAUGCUUGUAACUGUCAAUCUUGCAAUGCCUCAUGGGACUUGUAGUUUGACAACUGGAGGGCCGCCAGUUUGACACCUUUGUUGAAGAAUUACAAGUCCCAUGAGGCAUUGCAAAACUGACAGUUACAAGCAUGACUCCCAAAGGCAGAGGCAUGAUGGGACUUGUAGUUCACCAACAGCUGGAGGCCCACAGUUUCCCACCCCUGC